CGUCGUCCUUGCUCCCAACCUUUCCUUCUGUCCCGAAUUUGCUAUUGUAAUAUCAGCGGCUGUAUUCAUUUUUCCAGGGUGGCUGCUUUGCUUUAGACAAGUGAGGAUGAAAAGUCGAACUGUUCUGAGGCCCUUGGUGGCAUCCUGCAGAUACAAACACGGUGUACUUCUACGGCGAUCAGGGAUACGAUGGGCCAGCGACACCUGGUCUGCCGGGCCUGCGCAGAAGGUGGGAUCGGAUUCAGUGCAUUUUCCAGGAGCUUUGAAUAGUAAAUUUACGUCGACCAUGAGGUUUCAAAAUCCAGCCGAGGAGAAUGCCAUGCCCACUUACAGAAUAAUGGAUGCAGAUGGCAACAUAGUGGACAACACCAGAGAUCCGCAAUCUGCAUCUGACGAAGAAGUCAUUCAGUGGUACCGCAACAUGUUGACUGUCAGCAUCAUGGAUUUGAUCAUGUUCGACGCGCAACGGCAGGGGCGGACCAGCUUUUAUAUGGUCUCUGCGGGCGAAGAAGGUAUCGCUGUCGGAUCGGCUUCGGCGCUAACGCCAGAAGAUGUCUGUUUCCUGCAGUACCGCGAACAAGGGGUGCUCGUGCAACGAGGUUUCACGUUGAAGGAGAUGAUGAGCCAGUUGUUUGCAAACAAAGACGAUCACGGCAAAGGACGAAAUAUGCCUGUACAUUAUGGCAGUGGGAAGCUCAACGUCCACACGAUUUCGAGUCCUCUCGCGACCCAGAUUCCCCAAGCAUCUGGGGCUGCAUAUGCGCUGAAGUUGCAGCGACUCAUUAACCCCAAUGUCCCCCCCCGGAUCGUCGCUUGUUACUUCGGAGAGGGUGCGGCAAGCGAAGGGGAUUUCCACGCUGCACUGAACAUUGCCGCCACGAAAUCAUGUCCGAUUGUAUUUGUCUGCCGCAACAAUGGCUUCGCUAUUUCGACAGCCAGCAUCGAGCAGUACAAGGGCGAUGGCAUUGCUAGCCGGGGAUUAGGGUACGGCAUUGAUACCAUCCGGGUAGACGGCAACGAUAUCUUUGCCGUGAGAGAGGUCAUGUUGGAAGCCAGGAAGCGGGCCCUUGAAGGUGACUGCAAGCCUAUCCUUGUGGAAGCUAUGAGCUACCGAGUGAGUCAUCACAGCACCAGCGACGACAGUUUUGCAUAUCGAGCCAAACGAGAGGUCGAGGAGUGGAAACGAAGAGACAACCCCAUUACCCGGCUCCGCAAGUGGAUGGAGAAGAAAGGCAUCUGGGACGAAGACAAGGAGAAGGAAGCGAGGGCAUCGAUACGCAAAGAAGUCUUGCGCGAGUUUUCGGCCGCCGAAAAAGUCAAGAAACCACCAGUACGAGCUAUGUUUGAAGACGUCUACGAGGAGAUCACCCCAGAGGCCCGAGCCCAAAUGAAGGAACUCAAACGGAUAAUCGAAAAGUACCCAAAGGAGUACAGCAGUAUUUCCCAGCACGAAGGAGGAAUCAAGAGUUUAGAGGAGUGAAUCUAGAUCAGUGUAUCCGGUACGGUACUCGAUAGCGGCGCCAACACUGACGGGAGACCCCGAUGGAAGAGCCGAGCCACGGGCCUUAGAAACACCCCCAGGAUAUCACUCCAAUCAGAGCAAAAUUGGAAGCCAGGGGCUAUUCGUGCUGGGCCCGUGAUAAUGGAACACGUUAUUGACAACAAGGCUGACGGGGAGAGUCAGUGAGUGCGGCCAGUGCGAAACCGCCGAUUGGGUGGCUGGGCGUCUCCAGCGCCACUUGGUGCCACUGUGGCUUGACUUUGGCCAAGCCGGGAAAUUUGAACCGCCGCCAGCCACCGACGUUCCGGGUGCGGGCUGCAGGGUCUCAACCUGUCUGAAUCGGGCUGCAGGGUCCGAUAUUCGACGCUAGUCCUAGUGAGGCUAAGGCCGUUUGCCGUCAGCCUCGAGCUGGGCUUCCAGCCUCCCUCAAUCUCUCCAAUCCUGUUGUCCAUUUCGUUGUUUUCUGUGAAUAGAAGCU